AUUCAUGCGGAACAGCCGGCCGCGCAAUAACUAACUACGCUUGCAGCCUCCGAUCGGGUAACAUCUAGCUAGAGUCAAGGCAAAGGACAACUGAUCUCCCGCUCGUUUACCUUGACCAUGACGUUCAGCACGUGGUACCACUGGAACUGCAACGACAGCAGCGACCAGUGCGCACCGGUUGCAGCUGAAGAAAGUGCAGCAAGCUCGUCAGUGCAGAAAUGACUGCAGUUCGAUGCGGAAAUACAAUCCACGGCUGCCCAUAUCGGCAGCGUGCGUUCUGUAAAGGUGCUCCUACUUCUAUCGGACGAUGGCUGUUGGUGAUCGGUGUGGUUGUGUUCCCGGUGGUGACUGCUACACGUGUUACGUUCGGUGCGUACGAGAGUGUUUUUGCGAUCGACGAAGAAGACGGAAUGCUGGAAACGUCCGAACUGAUCCGUAAAUAUGGAUAUCCAAUAGAACAGCACGAAGUCACCACCGCCGACGGAUACGUGCUAGCGUUAACGAGAAUUCCUCCGAAGGAUAAUCCAACCAACAGUUCGCUGCCGAUACUGCUGGUCCAUGGAUUGUUUGCCAGUUCGGCCGAUUUUCUCAUCGUUGGUCCGAACAACAGUCUUGCCUAUUUGUUGGCGGACCGGGGCUACGAUGUGUGGUUGCCGGAUCUGCGUGGCAACCGGUACUCGCGCCGUCACACUAGCCUCACGUCAGACUCCCGGGCCUACUGGGACUACACCUGGCACGAGAUGGGCUAUUACGAUCUACCGGCCACGAUCGAUCACAUCCUAACCGUUACCCGCGCCAACCGGCUGCACUAUAUCGGCUAUUCCCAGGGAACGACGGUAUUCUUCGUGAUGGCUUCCAGCCGACCGACGUACAAUGAGAAAAUCGCACGCAUGUACGCCCUCUCACCGGCUGUUUAUGUGGAGCACGUGCGCAGUCCAAUCUUUCGAUGGCUGGCGGUGAAUAGUCCCGCCGUUAAGUGUUUCCUCGACACGAUGGGACUGUGGCAGGUGCUGCCCCACAACAAGGCACAGUACGCACUGCAAAGGGCGUUCUGUCCGCCACGGCAAUCGCACAGCAUUUGUGUCCGACUGAUAGAGCUGCUGGUCGGUCCCAAUCCCAAUGGAACGGAUCGGCUAGCACAACACGUCAUCGCCGGUCACAAUCCUUCGGGAGCGUCGAGUAAACAGUUGCUACACUUCGCCCAGCUAAACCUUAGUGGUCGCUUUCAGCAGUUUGACUACGCACGAAAGGAACGAAAUCUCGCCCACUAUGGACGGGAGUAUCCACCGAGCUACAAUCUGACGGCUGUGACUGCACCGAUCGUAAUGUUUUACGGGCUGAACGAUUGGAUGGUAGAUCCUGCCAACGUGGUACGGUUAGCGGACGAGCUGCCUAACCUGGUUUCGAUGGCGGCGGUAGAGGAUCCCAACUUUAACCAUCUCGACUUUGUGGCGGCGAAACGGGUACGUGCGCUUGUGUACGAUAAGAUCCUCGAUCAGCUGCGCGAAUUAAGCUAAGCCAUUUGAGACUGUUAAUCAAAUGCUAGAUGUUAGAGGUGUUACAGGUUAAAUAAUGUUUUUGACAUAUCAACAUAAAAUAGAGGCAAUGUGUAAAUUAUUUGCGGCAGACACAGUUACACCUCAGCUUGCUGCUUUGGUCCAUUCGCAGUUCGUAACUGGCUGUGUAGAGUUGGCUUUUCGUCCAUCUGUAAGCCGCGUUCCAAACUGUUUAACUACCGAAACGAUUCACUUUUAAUUACCACAAUCCGAAAUGGUUUCAAUUUAAUAACCGAUGCAUAGAACGAUAUGCGGCACUGACGUGUGAUGUCUUCAUCAACUCUGGUAGACACGUGUUGACAGAGUUUCAGUUGAAUAAAUGUUUUACACAUUUACGGUUGAAUUUUAAGCAGGCACAUUUUCAAUGCAACUCAACUUGAACAUAUUCCUUGCGGUUUGGUUUCUGACUGGUCCCACCGAAGGCAAGUUUCCGAUAGACAAAAUCGAUGGGCAACUUACUACUGUGAGUAUGAGUUUCAAUGUUUCUAAGGUGGUAUUUUUGGACAAUCGAGCAAAACAGCAGUGUUUUCAUUGUUAGAUAGAGCUAAUAAACAAGUACGGUUACCGUGGCCUAGCCCACACGGUAACAACGGCCGACGGUUAUCAGCUCGGAGUACAU